ACCAAUCACGAGACGAGAUUGUUUAUCGCUGCAGCGCAUCAUGUAGUGUGAUAUAAUGGAGGCGCUGUGGUGCUUGUUUUUCCAAAUCCGAGUCCAGUUUUAAAAGUUAAAGAUUUUAUUAACUUCCAUUCAAAUAUACAAUUACACACAAAGAAAAUCAUGGCAGAUUUCUUAGCUGAAAAUAAUGUGUGUGGACAGAUUGUAGUAAAACUGGUGUCGCGUGGAAAUGCUAUCAUCGCUGAACUCCUCAGAUUAGCGGAUUUUAUCCCACCAGUCUUUCGUUUAGAGACUAAACAAGAUCAAAUGAAGUACUCCGAAAUUCUCUUUGAUUUUAAUUAUUUCAAGGGGUCUGAUUUCUAUGACAACAAGAUCGAUUCAAAACCAGAACUUCAAGACUUAGAUGAGGAAUUUCGUGAGAAUAAUCUUGAUAUACUACGAAGAUUUUAUUUAGCAUUUGAGAGCAUCCACAAAUAUAUCACAGAUUUGAACAGGUUUCUUGAUGAUUUAGACGAUGGCGUUUUCAUUCAGCAGACUCUAGAGAGCGUCCUUUUAAAUGAAGAUGGAAAACAACUUCUGUGUGAAGCUUUGUACUUAUAUGGAGUUAUGUUAUUACUGGUUGAUAUGAGAAUAGAGGGCAUUGUCAGAGAGAGGAUGCUCGUCUCCUAUCAUCGUUAUAGUGCCGCUCGUGCUGCAGUUGAUUCGAACAUGGAUGAUGUGUGUAAGCUGCUUCGAAGCACUGGGUUUUCCACUCAUCCAAGUGCCAAAAGGGUGCCUAACUACCCAGAAGCCUUCUUCAGCCGCAUACCUGUUAACAAAAUGUUUGUAAACAUGGUGAUUGGUCGAUUGCGGUCGGAUGACAUUUACAAUCAGAUCUCAGCCUAUCCUUUACCCGAACAUCGUAGCACCGCCCUGGCAACACAAGCUGCCAUGUUGUACGUUAUUCUUUAUUUUGCUCCGGACAUCUUGUCAUCACAACAAUCAAAGAUGCGUGAGAUUGUUGACAAACAUUUUCCAGAUAAUUGGGUAAGAAAUUUCCUUUUCUUCUCAUCCAACAGUUGCCUACUAUUUUCGCAACAUUAUUCACCAAACUUGAUGCUAUUAGUGCUACAAAUUGUUGGUAUCUUGAUGGAUACUUCUUGCCCUAUAAGUUUUAAUUGCUGGGAUACCAAUAAAAAGUGCUUCAGAGUGAGGGAACAAGUUUUGUUUGAUUCAAAGUUUAGUCAUCAGAUGCUGUUUGAGCUCCUCCUUGAUACUGCUCAACUUGAGUUCAAACUAAAGGAGAUGUUCAAGAAAAUGUUGAUAGAGAAACAGCAGAAAUGUCAGGAUUACCAAAAGGAAGGACGAGAGAGAAUGGAGGAAUUAGGAGAUGUUUUCUCAGGAACUAAACCCCUUACAAGAAUUGCCAGGAAUGAUAAUCUUAAGAUGUGGUUCAGUGAAAUGGCAAAGCAGAUUGCGUCGUUGGAUUAUGAUGACUCCACAUCAGCUGGCCGUAAAAUUGUUCAACUGAUUCAAGCCCUAGAGGAGGUCCAAGAGUUUCACCAGCUAGAAGCAAAUCUGCAGGUGCGCCAGUUCCUGGCAGAGACUCGGAAAUACCUUCACCAGAUGAUCCGAACCAUCAAUAUCAAAGAGGAUGUCCUAAUUACUAUGCAGAUCGUAGCUGACUUGUCAUAUGCCUGGGAGUUAAUUGACAGAUAUACAAAUUACAUGCAGGCAGGAAUUAAGAGCAACCCAGCACUGGUCACAAAACUAAGAGCCACAUUCUUAAAGCUUGCCUCUGCUCUUGAUUUACCGUUGCUACGUAUCAAUCAAGCGCAAAGCCCUGAUCUUGUCAGCGUCUCACAGUACUACUCCGGAGAGCUUGUGGCGUAUGUCCGUAAGGUUCUUCAGAUCAUCCCUCGAACAAUGUUUAGCCUGCUGUCGCAAAUUAUCCAACUGCAAACCAACUCAAUCAAAGAGGUUCCUACUAGGCUUGAGAAAGAUAAAUUGAGGGACUAUGCACAACUUGAUCUUAGAUAUGAGGUUGCUCGCUUAACCCACUCAAUCUCAGUAUUUACAGAGGGAAUUCUGAUGAUGAAGACUACAUUGGUUGGGAUAAUUAAGAUUGAUCCUAAGCAGUUACUUGAAGAUGGCAUCAGGAAGGAGCUUGUCAUGCAAGUUGCAUCAGCGCUCCACAGCGGCCUCACAUUCAACUACAAAAACAAGCAAGGAGAGUUGGUAUCGAGAUUGGAAAGUCUCGGCGCUAGGAUGGAUGGCUUUGUGCGGUCUUUUGAAUACAUUCAAGACUAUGUCAAUAUUUAUGGGCUGAAGAUCUGGCAUGAGGAAGUGUCGCGCAUAAUUAAUUACAACAUUGAACAAGAAUGCAACAGUUUUCUGAGGACCAAGGUUCAUGAUUGGGAGAGUGUCUACCAGUCCCCAACGAUUCCUAUCCCACGAUUCCCACCAGUGGAUGUGUCCAUUAAUUUCAUGGGGAGACUUGUCAGGGAGAUUCUACGAAUGACAGAUCCAUUAACAACUUCUUUCAUUGACCAAAUGAACACCUGGUAUGAGUUGAAAAACAAGACGGAGGUUCUUGAUAAACGUGUCUUUUCUAAAAUGCAGCAAAGUAUCGGUACAUGUGGUUUGACAGGUGUUGAUCGACUUCUCUGCUUCAUGAUAGUUCGUGAACUGCAAAAUUUUUUAGCGAUAUUGGAACGAGGCGUACUCCGUGAUAAGCAGUGGCUUGAUAUGUUUGGCAAUCUCAUGAAAUCACUUAAUCCUGUGCGAGGAUUAGUAGCUAACCCUGGAAAGCAUUAUGCCCAGUUUGUCAACAAAGCCAACAAGAUGUGGCAACCUUUCAUCAUCAUGGUGCUGAAGGUCGGUCAGAUGCAGUUGCUACGGCGACUUAUUGCCAACGACCUCAAGUUCUCUUGCAAGUUUGAUUCUAAUUUCCUGUCAAAUGGUUUGGAAACCAUGAACAAGGGUUUGUUGAAGGAUGUUGAGGCCCACUACCAAGAUCCCACACUGCCAUACCCCAAAGAAGAUAAUCCUUUGAUGUACGAAUUGUCAUCUUACCUGGAAUCAGCUGGCUUCUGCCAACCACUUGCAAAGAUUUAUAUCACAACAAAGAGGGUACCAUAUCUUUCCCUGAUAACUUUCCUAUUCGUGACAUCGCAGUUACCAAAACUUCAGUACGUCAAGUCAGUAGGAAGUAUGGUUGCUAAGCAAAUUAAGGAUCCUAUUGAUGGUCCACCAUUCAUUGCUGGAACCAUUACUCUUCUGAAACAGUUCCAUUCAGAGAACACUGAUCAGUUCUUAGCACUACUUGGCCAGUAUGUCAGGUCUCAUGUUGAAGCUGCAGCUACUGUAUCAAAGACUCCUGAACUGCCUGUCGAGGCCAUGAAUGUCUUGGCAUUCCUUGAUGACUUUGUCCACUAUGGGUCACUGCCUAGGAAGAUGGUUGAGGCUCACAUACCAGCUUAUAUUUUUGAUGAAUUCAAAAGCAAUUGCUAAUGAUCUCCAAUAUUCAAAUUCAGUGUAUGUAGUUAUAGUUCAAGUUUAUUAAAUAUGAACAUAAAAGGUAUUUAUAUUCCAAGGACUGUGAAUCUCCAGCAAAUUAACAUAUGUUUUAGAAAGCUUUGUUAUAAGCAAUAGCCAGAUGUUUAUACUGUUUUUCACUGGUCAGAGUCAAAAACAGACAGUAGCUAUUGUUACACCACUCUGAAACCAAUUCUUAAUUCCAGUUGGAUUAGGAAAUUAACAAAAGUUGGUUUCAGACUGGUGUAACAAUAGCCACUGCCUAAAAAAACAAUUUCAAACAGCCAUUCUUAAUAUAAGUCAGGAAUCCAAGUUGGAAGUUCCUUCUGGGAGAUCUGCUUAAAUGAGCCGACGCUUUCAACUCGCGUGAAUGAAUUCGCAAGUGGAAAACAGGCUUAAAGUAGGAAAAACAUGCAAAUAUUUUGAAUUUGCAGGAGAUAGGUUAUUUUCUGGGAGAUUCUUGCUUGCGGGAGGCUGUCAAGAUUUUUCUAGGAGACUUGGUCUCCUGAUAAGUGAUUGAUUGUAGCCUUUUUUAUCAUUUGAUAAGCGGUCUAAGAUAGUCAUCUUUUAAGGUGCAAAAUGAUUGACUUUUUCUCUGAUUGGGGUAAGGGGGUCCUGUUUCCAAGUGGACCAGUGAAAUCAAGCAUUUACAACAAAAUAAGGAAUCAAGGAAAAUUUAUUGUCGAAAAUAAUCUUUAAUGAAUUGAAUUUAGCAUGUUUGUAGCUAAGAAAUUACAGUAAUUAUAUAUAUAAUAAUCAGGAAAACAGAUUUUAUUUUAUCCAGAAAUGUCUGCAUAUUGGACCAAGAGUAUUUUAUGGUAAAUAUUUAAAUUUUACCAUGAUUUUAACAUGAUUUUUUUAAAGAUCAUGUUAUGAUGCAAUAAUAAACAAAAUAUGUUUAAUAAUUAAUGUCACAAAAUAAAUGUUUUAUUUGAUGUUAAUGUUUCUGUUAUUCAUUUGUGUUCACGCACAAUACUGUGCUGUAAUUUUUCCAUAUAUUAUGGUGCUGUAGCCCUGGUGGUUUAAGACACCUGCCUUUCCAUCCAGGGGCUUGGGUUCAAAUCCUGCAUUGCACCAGGCCUUUUACUCAUGGCUCAUACAGUCACUCAUUGUUGAAUGAGAAUAAAAUAAAUAUCUACAGUAUUCCUAUUGCCAAUACCUUUCAACCUUAUUAGUCAAUUUUGUGUUAUGUUUUUUGUAUCAUGAACUUAUAAUGCAAAUGUCAAUUAAAUUGCUAUCUUACAGAUCUGCAUUGAUAUACUAAUACACAUACAACAUACAUUUUGCAUAUGUACUAGUUAUAUUACACGGUACGGUUACGAUAUUGAGUUGUUUAAAAUUACAGAUGUCUAUGCAGCCAAUGCUCCUUUGUACUGUAUAUUGCACCGAUAUUGCAUAAAUAACAUCGUACCAAAGAAAAAUGGUAAUUUGUUCCAUAGUAUAAUAGGGAAGUCACUGAUUCAACAGUUCAGACAGAAAAUUCUCACAAUAUAUGUAUAUACAUCAGAAUUUUGAAAUGGUAAAAAAUUUGAAAUAUAUAAAUACUAAUACAGUAAUUAAUAAAUAUCAAACUUAACCAAGAAACAGCCUAAAAGCAGAACAAUGAUGAAAGGAGCUAUAGCUUGGUAUAGAAUUACAUAGUACACAGUAACUUUCUUCUCCCCUAAUCUUCGUGUCUGAGCUACCCGGUAGAAGAAGCUCAUCUCUGAGUCCUGAGUUUGAUUCCUGUCAGUGAGAGGUUUUUUAUCACAGCUAAAAACUCCACUCUCUAAGCCUGAUAAUGUCUGUACAAUACUUGGCCUAUGCAGCAUACAGAGUUUCAUAACUUGGAAUUGUAAACAAAUUGGUGUCUUGCCAAGUUCUGCAGACAGAAAAGAAGGUGGAUAGAUAAAACGAGGGCGUUUAGGGGAUGAUGGUUUCCUCCUGCAGACAGUGGAGUGAAACAACUAGAUAGAGACCGGAAUUAUAUAUACACUGCCUUAAAAAAAAAAA